CCCAAAGCCGAACCUUACCGAAGCUUACACUUGCAUCUAUAUAUAUGUACCUAACAUAGGUAUGAAUAUAUUUAAUAACUACCUGGGCAUAACUUACAGAUCUACAAAUGUAAUAAAAUAUUCAUCUCUCAUUCAUAUCCUCGGGGUUCUCUUCCGAGUAGAAAGUUCAUGAAAUUUUGACUUAAUCAUACCUCUAUUAAUAGAGCUUAGCUAUUGCAACUGGAUAACAGUCAUAAUCACUGAGUUGCGCCAGUGAGGGAGUCGGCAUAACCACGAUGGAUAAAGAUAAUAGCGAGAGUACAACCCCUCAGGACGCAAAAGGAAAAGGCAUUGCAACGAAAAUAGAUAACUUAUCGUCCGAAUCAACAGCGCAGGAUGGGCAUUCAAGUUCUGUUGGAGUAACCUCAGACGCGGCCUCGUUCAUAUCAAGACUAAGUGCAUCCGCGGGCAAACUCACUAACGAGAUGGUCUUACAACAUCCUAGCGGCGCCUCUCUAGCAGAUGUCUUGCCCUCGGAUAAAUCUGAAUCCUCUAGAUCCGGGAGAAGCGCGGGCGUGAAUGAGACGUCAAUAUUCAGGAACAACUUCGCCCAGGGGACGAUUCCAGAUACGUUUAAAUCUAUACCGAGACAGGAACAAACAAUCCCAAGUGAAUCCGGCUUCUCAUCUUUUCUCAGCAGCACAAGUAUGUUAGGAGAAACGGAUCCUAGCGGCAUCAAGAUCGGGAGAUACAGACAGAUACACGAACCUGCACUUGGGGAGACACAGCAAACUAGACCAAUAAUCAGCACAACUGAUGGCAUGGACGUUGUAAAUUUUCUCGAUCUAGGGUAUGACGAGGUCGAGGAAAUAGAUAUGGCCUUGACGGACACCGAACAAGCAGCUCUACGUCAUCGUCUUUUCGAGAAUGGCGAAUCCGGGGAGCAUGCUUCAAGGGGGCGGUGGGACGAUGCUCUGAACUUUUUUCCUGGUCUUGGGCCGAAUAGUAAUAGCAUACAGGAAUAUGCUGACUUGCUUGGCACAUCAGAUCUGGAAGAGGCUAAGAAUAUCUGGGUUAACCAAUGGCAAGGGGUCCUCUCCAGUUAUACGGAUGAAGUAUGGGGAGAGCUCGGGUCUCUCGUAAAAGUGGCUCGAGAGGAGCUUACUAACAUUUCAGAGCCUCAUGAAGAAGCCUCGCCUUCGAAGUUAAAGGCUGUGCGAAGGCUUCAGCAGCUUUUGAGUCAUAUCCGCGGGACACGGAGUGCCGAAAGCUCAUGAGCUCAGAACAAGGCAUGUAAGAUAUUCUUUCACUAUUCGUCGACCCGGAAUUCGGGGGGGAUAUAUGUAAAGUCUAAGGGAACCACUGUAUUAUAAUCAUACCUAUGAUUAUAUGACCUUCUUUAAAGAUAAUUGCGUUAUAUAAUAACGAUUGCAUAGCAACUGUGUAGGACCUAGGUUAGGUAAUUAUGAU